AGACGACAACAACAAACAACAACACCAACAGAUUUUGAAGACCACGAGCAGCGACACCGCUCUUCUCCCUCUCGAUCAGCAGACGAGCCUCAAUAAGGGCAAUUCCAUCAAAAUCUGGCAGAGCCAGCUACGCGACUAGAUCUCGUGUAGCGUAUCGCAUACAGACACCCAUCCAUCCUCGAGUCUCACCCUCUGGUCCACGCGUUGCAUCAUCAUGGCACAGAAGGCGAAGAAGGACCGCGCCAAGUCCAACGCUGCGGCCCUCAACAACCUACACAUCGGUGCGGCCGUGGUAAAUGGACUCUUCCUGGCAUGGAGCCUCCUCUUCAGAUCCCGCUCGCUCCUGGCCUACUUCUUCCUGUCCCUGCCGAGCUUCAUCUGCCAGUUUGCCCUCGAGAAGGCGGGGCGCCCGAAAUUCGACCCUAGCACCGGCGCACUCAAGUCAUCCGGCGAAGACCUCGCCGCGAGGGGCCUGACCGAGUAUAUGUGGGAUGUUGUGUGGGUGACUUGGGCUUGUCAGGUCUUGGUCAUGCUGUUUGGGAACUGGUUCUGGCUGCUGUGGGCCGUCGUCCCGGCAUAUGGAGCAUAUCAAGGCUACGGGCUGCUCGGACAGGCGAAGCAGAUGGCGGGGUUGCAAGGCGCUCAGGGUGGCGGCCAGGAGGCUGCGCCGGCUGCUGGAAACAGGAAGCAGCGGCGGGCUGCAGCCUGA